AUGUCUAAGUGGCGUAUUUUCUCUGAUGAUGGAUCAAAUUAUCGUUGGGAGGAUAUCGGUCCGGUCUCGCCGUCGAAACUGGAUGAUGACCCGAAAGGAACUCCUAUUGCUCCAUACCUUUCUAUGGUCGAUCUCCUUCUUGAAGGUUUAGAUGGUUUUUUUCUCAUCAGUGCCAGCAAGGAUUCCAGUCCCAUGCUGAGGAAUGGAGAAACAGGAGAUUGGAUAGGAACAUUUGAAGGACACAAGGGCGCAGUGUGGAGUGUUUGCUUGGGCACAAACGCUUUUCGUGCUGCUUCUGCUUCUGCUGACUUUUCUGCGAAAGUGUGGGAUGCACUAACCGGUGAUGUCUUGCACUCAUUUGAGCACAAGCAUAUAGUUCGAGCCUGUGCUUUUUCAGAGGUAAAGUUAUUUCUUACUUUCCGUUGAAGCUUUAACUUGGGGGGAAUUAUGGAAGCAUAUGUAUGGUAGGAUAUGCUAGGAAAAAUAAAAGAAAGAUAUAGUAU